AUGUCACGUGUAUGUGUAGUAGGAGCUGGAGUCGUCGGUUUAUCGACUGCUUUAUGUAUAAAAUUACAACAUCCUUCAGUGUCUUUAACAAUUAUUGCUGAUCGAUUUUUUGAGUCAACAACUAGUGAUGGUGCCGGUGGUCUUUUUCGACCUGAUGAACGAUUUAUUCAUGGUGUUGAUAAAUCUAUUCUUAGAAAUUGGUGUCAAACAUCAUUCGAUCAUUUCAAUAAUUUGAUUUUUUCAAAUAUUAGUGCUGAAGCUGGUAUUUCACAAGUAUCAGGUUAUCAAUUAUUUAAUGAUCCACGACCUGAUCCAUCAUAUAAAAAUAUUAUUUAUAAUUUUCGUUAUUUAACAAAACAUGAAUUAGAAAUAUUUCCUGAUCAUUAUAAAUAUGGUUAUUUUUGUACAACAUUGUAUGUUGAUACACGUAAAUAUAUGAAAUAUUUAACUAAACUAUUAACUGAAAAACAAGUAACAUUUACAAAAAAGAAAAUCAAUACAUUAGAAGAAUUAGCUGAAAGUUAUGAUAUUGUAGUGAAUUGUACUGGUUUUGGAGCUAAAGAAUUAUGUAACGAUAAUUUAAUACGACCAAUACGUGGUCAGGUGAUUCGUGUUCGAGCACCAUGGAUUAAACAUUUUUAUUAUACAGAUGAUAAUUGUUAUUUGAUACCGAAUAAUGAAAUAAUUGUACUUGGUGGUACUCGACAAUUAGAUAAUGAUAAUACACAAGUUGAUUUGAAUGAUAAAGAUGAUAUUUGGCAACGAUGUCUUCGAUUAUGUCCAAGUUUAGCGCAAGCUGAAAUUCUUUGGCAUUGGGCUGGAUUAAGACCUGAUCGUAAACCAAUUCGAGUUGAAACUGAAAUUAUUAAAUAUGGAAAUAAAAAACUUUUGGUUGUUCAUAAUUAUGGUCAUGGUGGUAAUGGUAUUGCACUUUCAUGGGGUACUGCUGUUGAUGCUACUCGUCAUUUUUCUUCAUUACUUAAUGCAAUUAAUAUUCAAGAUAAACAAGUAACGUCCAAAUUAUAA